CUUUUUUGUGUCCCACCACACCGCUCGCCAGUACCAGCACCAGCACCAGCACCAGGCUGACCAGCAGCACCAUCCUGUCAAUCCAUCCGCUGUCGGCGCAUUUCCACUUCUGCUUGUCGCAUUCCUGGACAGAAAUCACUUCUCUCCUCUAGCCAGUCGUCAAUUUCCUUGUUUUGUAAUUGUCUAGUCUCAAUCCAGCCAGCCCAACAUGUCUCGCCCCGAAGAUACCCUCGCGGCCGAUGUCCACUAUGACGACACCGAAGCUCGCAAGUACACCACCAGCUCCCGUAUCCAGAACAUCCAGGCCUCCAUGACCCGUCGUGCCCUCGAGCUCCUCGACCUCAAGUCUCCUAGCUUCAUCCUCGACAUCGGUUGCGGCAGUGGCCUCUCUGGCGAGAUCCUCUCGGACGUUCCCGAAGACGAAGGCGGCCCUCACGUCUGGGUUGGCAUGGACAUCAGCCCGUCCAUGUUGGAUACGGCUCUACAGCGCGACGUCGAGGGCGAUCUCUUCCUCGCAGAUAUUGGCCAGGGCGUGCCAUUCCGCGCCGGUUCCUUCGACGCCGCCAUCAGCAUCAGUGCCAUCCAAUGGCUAUGCAACGCCGAAACCAGCGACACCGCCCCGUCCACCAGACUUUCGCGCUUCUUCAACGGCCUCUACGCCUCGCUCAAACGUGGUGGCAGAGCCGUCUGCCAGUUCUACCCCAAGAACGACGUACAAAAGCAGAUGAUCACUGCCGCCGCCGUCAAGGCUGGCUUCGGCGCCGGUCUGCUCGAGGACGACCCCAACACCAAGAACGUCAAACUUUACCUGGUUCUCACGGUCGGCAAGGACGCUACCGGUGGCAAGGACAUCAGCACUGUCGUCGAAAACAUGGACGGCGUCGAUAUCCUUGACCAGAGAAAGAAGGGCAAGGGCGGAAAGGGCGAGAUCAAGAAGGGCAGCAAGGGCUGGAUCAUCAAGAAGAAGGAGCAGAUGGAGCGCAAGGGCAAGAUUGUCAAAGCCACCUCCAAGUACACUGGUCGCAAGCGUCGUAUCCAGUUCUGAGCUUCGGGGUUGUUGGGUCUGUUUGUCUCUUAUUCACAUCUGCAUUGGGAAGGCGUUUGGGUGGUUACGGCGAUGAAAAAAUAUGUCUUUUUUUGUUCUGGAUUUUGCCAUUUCUUUUACGGCUGAAAUAACGAUACCCGGUUUCUUGAUCUCACCCUACAGGACCCCCCCCUUUGGACCUUCCUACGUUCUGAUGCUGAAUCCCCCUUUAGAUGUGAUCCUCUGGGCCAUGUCCGCACGGCUUCCCCUCGGUGAUCUCAGGAUAGACGGUAUACUGGCGAGAGUAAUAUUAUACUCGUCGCCGUUGAAGAGGGCCACCUUCCACUUCAAGUUGGCGCGCAGAUGCGGGAUGACAUCCUCAGGCUUGAGGCUCUGGAGCUCGCCGCCCACAAUAUCCUGCAGCAAAGCGGAGGUCAGGGGCACAGUGCCUGAGACGAUCAGACCGUUUGCGUUAUCCUUGCGGCACUUGCCACACUGGGUUUCGGCGCUCCGUCCCAACACGGACACACGACCGACGCAGUUGAACUCGUCGUCCCAGGUCUCUGGGUCGGGGUUGAACUCGCCCAAGAAGACGAUGACACGGAAGGAUUGCCCCAGACCGUGUUUCUGGGCGCGAACGUUGACAAUCCAGUCGGUGUACUUUCCGUCUGGGGCGAGGUACUUGAGGCUCUCUGGAAUUGGGCCUGGUGAAGCUGUCAGCUUGGAUGGACGUUUUAUGCUCAAGCCGAUCAUCAUACCUGCGGCCGUGCUCGACUCGGCCUUUGUAUCCUUAACAGGCACCACCGGCUUCUGCGCCUUCUCCUCAGCGUGCUGGAACACAUUAUGGACCUUCUCUGCGACCUUCUUGGCCCCGGAAAGCUCAACUGCAUGAGCAGCAGCAGCCGAGACGGUGCUCUUGCUCUCCUCGCCAGUUGCCUGCGGUUUCUUCAACGCCGGCGUUCGGUCGGCGACAUUCUCAACAAAGUUGGCAAACACAUUGCUCCCGUACAGCGCCGUGACAGACUUCCUGAUGGCUGCCUGGUACUCCUUUACGGACGAGUACUUCCACUUCUGCGUCUCAGGAUACGCGUAUCCGAAGGUGAUGCUGUCCUUGACCUGCUCAGAGGUCCAAAAGUUGGCAGCAGAUUUGUCCCAGAACGGCUCCAGAGGCGUGCUCUUACUCUGGCUUUCACCCUCCUGUGCGACGAAGGUCGAGUAGGGAGCGGGUCGGGGAGUCAUGAAGCUGUUGGGGUUAAGGUCUUGCCAGAUAGACCAGAGGCGGUCGACGUUACUUCAGAUCAAGGGCUUCUUGUCAGCGACGAUAACGGAAUGGGGCCUGUCAGGCAUGACCGAUGCAAAGAAAAAAGGGAAAAGGGGAGUGACCACAUACACAUGGUGCAACCAAAACAGCGGAUCAAAAGCCGACACCUCCAGGCUCGACAUAUGUCCAUUUCCGCCUGUCCGAUCAUGAAUCUCAUUAUGCACAUCCUCCAAACUGCCGAAAUCACCCGGGUUGGUAUUCGGAUCCCACCUGUUAUAACUGAACGCAUCAAAGUCCUUGUAGCUCAGCAACAACAAACUGACAUUAUUUCUCAAUGACGCCAGCUCGUUCGCCAAGAUGGGCGCAAUCCGCUCAUCCCGCGAUGCCCCUGUCAGCCGGUUUGGAUACCGGACCGUGCUUGGGUAUCUGCUCCACGCCGCGCUGAAGUCACCAGGGCUAGGGUUGACCGGGUGGAAAGUAAACCGGUGCAGCGGGUUGUUGAUGCUCUUGGUCUUCCCGUCGACAUCCACCACCUGUAUGGUACGCGAUGAGAGGGACUCCGGAAACGCCAGCGUUCCUUUAGGAGGCUGACUAGCCCAAUCAAAGUACGGCGCCCUGAAAUCCUUGGCGGCCGCGACAUACUUGGCUCUCAGCCCCCCUUCGACAGGGAACUUUUGGGCAACGGCUUGCACGGAGGCGUAGAGGGCCUGCUCGUACAGAGCAAGGUAGGGCCUGUGCCAGGUGAUGAAGAGGAUGGACGAGUGCGUGCAGUAGCCGCCAAAGCCGCUGCUGCCGGGUUGGGACCAGUCCGUGUCGGAAGGGACACCGGCCCACGGCUUGAAGGGCAUACCGUGAAUGCCAGCGACUUGGUAGUACGAGUCUAGCUUGGCUUCGUCGAGGCCUUGGAAGUCGCGCAGGCCGAGGAGGUAGAGAUUGAACUGCUCCGGGUAGUUUUGUUGGAGGUCGCGGAGCUCGCGGCGGAGAGGGACCGCUCCUGGGUGUUUGUGUUAGUACAAGCAGUCAUAACGAAGGGAAGGGAGGGUCACCAUUGCUGGAGGGAGGGGUGGGUACACCCGUGAUGGCAAAUUUGAUGUCGGUGCUCAUGGUUGCUGCUCUAUGGCCUAGUGUUCUUGGUUCGUUGUUCUGUAUGGGUUGCUUGGUGGUCUAUAUGUCGUAAGGAGAUAACUGCUGAUGUAGUACAUCAAGGCUUCUCCCAUCUCAGGUGAC